AUGGCGUUCUCCGUGGCGGGGCUCCUGGUCUUCUCCCUCCUGCACACUGCCCUCUCCCUGAAUCCUGAGGACCCCAAUGUGUGCAGCCACUGGGAGAGUUAUGCCGUGACUGUCCAGGAAUCUUACGCUCACCCCUUCGACCAGAUCUUCUAUACGCGAUGCACAGACAUCCUCAACUGGUUCAAGUGCACCAGGCAUCGGAUCAGCUAUAAGACGGCGUAUCGGCGCGGCCUCCGGACCAUGUACCGGCGGAGGUCCCAGUGCUGUCCCGGCUACUACGAGAAUGGAGACUUCUGCAUACCCCUGUGUACGGAGGAGUGUGUCCAUGGCCGCUGCGUCUCCCCGGACACCUGCCACUGUGAACCCGGCUGGGGAGGGCCUGACUGCUCCAGCGGCUGUGACAGCGACCACUGGGGCCCCCAUUGCAGCAACCGGUGCCAAUGCCAGAACGGCGCCCUUUGCAACCCCAUCACCGGUGCCUGCGUGUGUGCCGCCGGCUUCCGCGGCUGGCGCUGUGAGGAGCUCUGCGGCCCCGGCACCCACGGCAAGGGCUGCCAGCUGCAGUGCCAGUGCCGCCAUGGUGCCAGCUGCGACCCCCGCACGGGCGAGUGCCUCUGUGCACCCGGCUACACUGGUGUCUACUGUGAGGACUUGUGCCCGCCCGGGAGCCAUGGGGCUCACUGUGAGCUGCGCUGCCCCUGCCAGAAUGGGGGGACCUGCCACCACAUCACCGGCGAGUGUGCCUGCCCCGCGGGCUGGACGGGAGCAGUGUGUGCCCAGCCCUGCCCGCCAGGGACCUUCGGCCAGAACUGCAGCCAGGACUGUCCUUGCCACCAUGGAGGGCAGUGUGACCAUGUGACUGGGCAGUGCCACUGCACAGCUGGCUACAUGGGGGACAGGUGCCAAGAGGAGUGCCCCUUUGGGACCUUCGGCUUCCAGUGCUCACAGCGCUGUGACUGCCAUAACGGGGGCCAGUGCUCACCGACCACGGGCGCCUGCGAGUGUGAGCCCGGCUACAAGGGCCCCAGCUGCCAGGAGCGACUGUGCCCCGAGGGCCUGCACGGCCCAGGCUGCUCCUUGCCCUGCCCGUGUGACCCUGACAACACCAUCAGCUGCCACCCGGUCACUGGAGCCUGCACCUGCCAGCCAGGCUGGUCUGGCCACCACUGCAAUGAGACCUGCCCUGCUGGCUACUACGGAGAGGGCUGCCAACUGCCUUGCACCUGUCAGAAUGGCGGCGACUGCCACAGCAUCACGGGGGGCUGCACCUGUGCCCCCGGCUUCAUGGGAGAGGUCUGCGCAGCUCCUUGUGCCACAGGCACCUACGGCCCCAACUGCUCGUCCGUCUGCAGCUGCAACAACGGUGGCACCUGCUCCCCAGUGGACGGCUCCUGCACCUGCAAGGAAGGGUGGCAGGGCCUCGAUUGUACCCUGCCGUGUCCCAGCGGGACCUGGGGCCUGAACUGCAAUGAGACUUGCGCCUGUGCCAACGGGGCGGCCUGCAGCCCUGCAGACGGCUCCUGUUCCUGCACCCCCGGCUGGCUGGGAGAGACCUGCGAGCUGCCCUGCCUGGAUGGAACUUUCGGUCUGAACUGCAGCGAGCGCUGUGACUGCAACCACGCCGAUGGCUGUGAUCCCGUCACAGGCCACUGCUGCUGCCUGGCGGGCUGGACAGGUGUCCGCUGUGACAGCACAUGUCCACCUGGUCGCUGGGGCCCCAACUGCUCUGUCUCCUGCAGCUGUGAGAAUGGCGGUUCCUGCUCCCCCGAGGAUGGGAGCUGCGAGUGUGCCCCCGGCUUCCGAGGACCCUUAUGCCAGAGAAUCUGCCCCCCGGGGUUCUAUGGCUCUGGCUGCACCCAGCCAUGCCCCCUCUGCGUGCACAGCAGCGGGCCCUGCCACCACGUCAGUGGCACCUGUGAGUGCCUCCCCGGAUUCUCUGGAGCCCUCUGCAACCAAGUGUGUGCUGGAGGGCACUUUGGGCAGGACUGUGCCCAGCUCUGCUCCUGUGCCAACAACGGGACCUGCAGCCCCAUCGAUGGCUCCUGCCAGUGCUUCCCUGGAUGGAUUGGCAAGGAUUGCUCACAGGCUUGCCCACCUGGGUUCUGGGGCCCUGCCUGCUUCCACACAUGCAGCUGCCACAACGGGGCUCGCUGCAGCGCUGAGGAUGGGGCCUGCCACUGCACCCCAGGCUGGACUGGACUCUUCUGCACGCAGCGCUGUCCGGCAGCCUUUUAUGGGAAGGACUGCGGGCGCGUGUGCCAGUGUCAGAAUGGGGCCAGCUGUGACCACAUCAGCGGCAAGUGCACCUGUCGCACAGGCUUCACAGGGCGACACUGUGAGCAGAGAUGUGCCCCAGGAACCUUUGGCUAUGGAUGUCAGCAACUCUGUGAGUGCAUGAACAAUGCUACCUGUGACCAUGUCACUGGCACCUGUUACUGCAGUGCAGGAUUCAAAGGAAUCAGGUGUGACCAAGCUGCCCUCAUGAUGGAGGAGCUGAAUCCCUACACCAAGAUCAGCCCAGCGCUGGGUGCAGAACGGCACUCGGUGGGUGCCGUCACAGGCAUCGUCCUCCUGUUGUUCCUCAUUGUGCUGCUGCUGGGCCUGUUUGCCUGGCGCCGUCGGCGACAGAAAGGGAAGGGCCGCGACCUGGCUCCCCGCGUCUCCUACACGCCUGCCAUGAGGAUGACCAGCACUGACUACUCCCUCUCAGAUUUGUCUCAAAGUAGCAGCCACGCCCAGUGCUUUUCCAAUUCCAGCUACCACGCACUGGCGUGCGGGGGGCCUGCCACCAGCCAGGUCAGCACUCUGGACAGGAACAGCCCCACCAAGCUCAGUAACAAGUCCCUUGACAGUGAUACAACAGGCUGGACCCCCUACAGCUAUGUGAACGUGUUAGACUCCCAUUUCCAGAUCAGUGCCCUGGAGGCCAGGUACCCGCCCGAGGACUUCUACAUUGAACUUAGACACCUCAGCAGCCCCGCUGAGCCACACUCACCAGGUACUUGUGGAAUGGAUAGACGUCAGAACACAUACAUUAUGGACAAAGGCUUCAAAGAUUACAUGAAAGAAUCCGCGUGCAGUUCUAGCACUUGUUCCUUGAAUAGCAGUGAAAACCCUUACGCCACAAUUAAGGACCCUCCCAUCCUCACCUGCAAGCUUCCAGAAAGCAGCUAUGUAGAAAUGAAGUCGCCUGUGCACAGGGGGUCUCCGUACACAGAUGUGCCAUCCUUGUCGACAUCUAAUAAAAAUAUAUAUGAAGUUGGUAGGUGUCUCAAAUAAGUAACUUAGUGAAAUCAGGGCAUUAGUGCAGCAUCUGACGUAAACACAAGCCUGCCCCACUCACCCUGUCUUGAAAACACACCUUUCUUUUGUUGCUUUAAGGAAUGUUCAAGGUGAAUUGUCUUUCCCAGAACUGCCCUUCUCUCUCAUGCAGGAAAUCAAAUUCUUGUGCCAACUCUGCUUGAAAAAACAAACACAUAACACACACACACACACACACGCGUGCGCGCGCGCACACACACGCACAAGAGUAGAAUGAAGCAGAAAUACAGGGGGUAAGACGUGGGUACAAACACAUACGUACUUCCUGAUUAUUGAUAAAAAUUCCACUUUGAAAAACAAUCAGAACAGAUACUUGAAAAUUUCUAAAACCCGUUUUACCUUCUCCCAGUUUACUGUUGCUGGGCUGUGAUUAAACCCUUACCCCACAAUAUUCCAUCUCUUGAGAAAGCCUCGGAUGUAUCCCUCAUGUAGUUACAGAUUUUUAAGUCCUUGGCUGCUCUCCCCAAGUUAAAGACACCCUGCCCCACCCCAGCAACCAAAGCUAAUCUGUUCUCUGAACUCAUUUUUCACUAUAUCCCUUA